GGUUCUCGUGAUUGGUGUUAUGAAAUCAGAGCAUGCUGAAUAAUAAAACUUCUUGUUGAUAACUGAACCCAAGUCAAUGGGAAGAAACAACGAAACCAGCAGUGUCUCUGAGUUCAUCCUCCUGGGACUUUGCUCCCGGCCUGAGGUCCAAAAGCCACUCUUUGUUCUGUUCCUCAUUGUGUACCUCGUCACUGUAACAGGAAACCUGCUCAUCAUCCUGGCCAUUCUCUUCAACCUCCGUCUUCAGACACCUAUGUAUUUCUUCUUGAGUUUUCUGUCUCUCACUGAUAUUUGCUUUACAACAAGUGUUGUCCCCAAGAUGCUGGUAAACUUCCUGUCAGAAAAGAAGACCAUCUCCUAUGCGGAGUGUCUGACACAGAUGUAUUUCCUCUAUGCCUUUGGCAACAGUGACAGCUGCCUUCUGGCAGUCAUGGCCUUUGACCACUAUGUGGCCAUCUGUGACCCCUUCCACUAUGGCACCACCAUGAGCCACCACCGCUGUGUCCUACUGGCGGCCUUCUCCUGCUCAUUUCCUCACCUCCACUCACUCCUGCACACUAUUCUGCUGAAUCGUCUCACCUUCUGUGACUCCAAUGUUAUCCACCACUUUCUCUGUGACCUCAGCCCUGUUCUGAAAUUGUCCUGCUCCUCCACAUUUGUCAAUGAAAUUGUGCUGAUAACAGAAGGGCCUAUCGUUUUGGUGACUCCUUUUAUAUGCAUUGCUUUCUCUUAUAUACAAAUCCUCAUUACAGUUCUCAAGAUUCCCUCGACUUCUGGGAAACGCAAAGCUUUUUCCACCUGUGGUUCUCACCUCACCGUGGUAACACUCUUUUAUGGCAGCAUCUUCUAUGUCUAUUUACAGCCCCCAUCCACCUACACCGUCAAGGACCACAUGGCAACAAUUGUCUACACAGUUUUGUCAUCCAUGCUCAAUCCUUUUAUCUACAGCCUGAGAAACAAAGACCUGAAACAGGGCCUGAAGAGGCUUAUGAGCAAGAGAUCAUAGGAAGCAUCCUCUUGAAAAACCCAUAAGUGGAAUCUGCUCAAC